AUGGUAAGCACCCUCGUGAUAAAGCAGAGGCAGGGGCGAGGCCCAGCGGGCAGUGACAGCAUCCGUGCCCUUCAAGGUCCAGGACAAGGACGUUCAGCCAUGGAGAGAAACAAUGAAACGCUCACCGAUUUCAUUCUCCUGGGGCCCUGGCCUGAGCUCAGCCACCUGGUGGUCCUCAUCUGCCUCAUUCUUCUGGUCUACUUUGCGGCCGUCGUGGGCAACGCCGCCCUCAUGCUCCUCAUCUGGCUGGAUCCCCGGCUGCACUCUCCCAUGUAUUUCCUGCUCAGUCAGCUGUCCUUCAUCGACCUGGCUUUGAUCUCAACUUCUGUCCCCAAAAUGGUCACAAACUUCUUCUCAGGGAAGAGGACCAUUUCUCAGGCCGGCUGUGGGAUCCAGAUCUUCUUCAGUUUGACCCUGGGGAUUGCCGAGUGCCUCCUGCUGACUCUCAUGUCCUACGACCGCUACAUCACCAUCUGUAACCCGCUGCGGUACCCAGCCAUCAUGAGCCACACCGCCUGCACACAAAUGGUCCUUGGGUCUUGGGUAGGAGGGGCGGUGACCUCCCUGGCCCACACGGCCUACGCCAUGCACUUCCCCAUCUGUCGCCCCCGGAAGAUUCCACACUUCCUGUGUGAGGUCAUGGCCCUCCUGAAGCUCACCUGCGAGGACACUUCGGCCUACGUAAAGUCGGUAGUGGUCUCGAGCUUCCUGGUGGUCCUUAUCCCCCUGAGCCUCAUCCUAGCCUCCUACGCCCUCAUCCUCCUCACCGUCCUCCGCAUGAGCUCCCCUGAGGGCAGGAACAAGGCCCUGGCCACCUGCUCCUCCCACCUCGGUGUGGUCAGCCUCUACUUCGGCCCUGCCAUCCUUGUCUACAUGAGGCCCGGCUCCUCUAAGACGCCCGGGCUAAACCAGUCUCUCUUCAUGUUUAACGCCAUCCUCACCCCUAUGCUGAACCCUCUCAUCUACAGCCUGAGAAACAGGGAUGUCACAGCCGCGCUGAGGAGCACAGUUGCCAGUCGGUGUCCCCUGAGAAACAGGAGCAGCCUCUGCAGCUGCUGA